UUAUCAAGAACAAGAACAAGAACAAGAACAACUCUGUAGCUGGGAAUUAUUAAAAGCAAAAUACCAAACACAGCACAAUACCAGUGGUCUUUAUUUAACAAUUUCCCUUCAAAGUGCGACGAAAAAGCGAUCAUGGACAUGGAAAUUAUUUCCUUCGUCUUCUUCCGCUCCGCUCCUUCCAAAUUCUGCUGAAUCGCUCACCUCUAAUGGCGUUGCGCGGGCCGAGUCUCCAGCUCCCUAUAAUCUCCGCCAAUGGGCAGCGGAGAACGGCGCGACCAAGAGGAAUCACAAUGGAUUCGAUGAGGUCGAAAGCGACGGUGUUCGAGGAGGGACAUUUGGAGCAUCCUAAUUGGUCCGGCGAGACCCCUCUCUCUCGGCUUGUUGGAGCCCUCAUUUCCUUUAAACCACUCUACUCCGUUCUCAAGCUCGCCGCCAGACGAGUCAUGAUCAGUACGGCGGAGAAGAACAACAUUCCAUGGCGAAAAAUGACGUCCGAGAUUUUGGAGUCUGCAGAUGUUUACAAGGAGCUGGAAAGCGUUCAGAAUCUCUCGAUUGUCUACCCCGAUUAUUACUUGAAGCCUUUCCAUGCAUAUGAUGAGGGUCACCUUUCAUGGCUUGCAGCAGCAGAAGUAGAGCCUGCAACAAUGUCGAUGGUUAUGCGAGCGGUACCCGAGGCCUCUUCAUUAGAUGAAGCAAAGGAAGUAGUGUUUGGAAAUUGGCUUCGUACAGUUGAUGAGCAUCACAGGCAGUAUUCAGGAAAUCCAAUUCUACACAUUCUAGACAUUGGUUGUUCCAUAGGUUUGAGUACAAGGUAUCUGGCUGACAAGUUUCCACUGGCUAAAACCACUGGACUAGAUUUGUCUCCUUACUUCCUUGCUGUGGCUCAAUACAUGGAAAAGAAAAGAACAGCUCCACGAAAGAAUGCAAUAAGAUGGUUGCAUGAAAAUGGGGAACAUACUAGCCUGCCUUCACAAUCAUUUGACUUAGUUUCCAUUGCUUAUCUGUUCCAUGAAUGUCCCCAAGUAGCAAUAGUCAAUCUGCUCAAGGAAUCAUUUCGACUUCUUCGGCCUGGUGGCACAAUUGCCAUUACUGAUAAUGCACCCAAAUCAAAGAUUACUCAGGAAUUAUCUCCAAUCAUAUUCACAUUACUGAAAAGCACAGAGCCAUAUCUUGAUGAGUACUACCUGACUGAUCUGGAAGGAAGAAUGAGAGAAGUUGGAUUUGUGAAUGUGAAAUCAAGGCUAACAGACCCCAGACAUGUUACAGUGACAGCAACCGUUCCCCAUUGAAACACUAUUAGCUUCUUGAAGUAAAACUAUGUUAAGUGGUUUCAAAUAAAAAAGUGAGCUUGUGUAGUAUACCCCGGGUAAUAAAUUUCCGACAACAUGUCGACAUCUCCGGCGUUCAUGGGCCCGACAUUGUUAUAAGCAGUAAAUUGAUGUUUUCAUAAUAUUGUAAAAAAUCGACAAAAUAUGAAAAAUGUCAACAAAAUAUCACUGUUA